AGUUCACCUAGCUUGAACUUUUCCGCAUGGUUGGCACAUGAGAUGCGCCCGUGGUCCACCAACUUCGACACUUCCGCUGGUGUUCCUGCUCUUGGGCUUCCCUUGGCGCACCGGUCACUGGGUGCCAAUGGCAUCGCCGGUGCGGCGCUGGAGACGUGUGCCAGGUGAGGCCCUGAUGUUUGAAAGCGGAAUAGAAGGGGAAAGAGAACUCUAGUUACUAGUAGCGAAAUGGAAGGAAUAGUCAACAUGAAAAAGAAAGAAAAGUGGUGAUGAAGGGAUCUGGAUUCCUGUUGGAUAUCCAGGAAGUGUCCAUAGCAGGUCCAUAGAAGUCCAGGGGUUCAGAGACUCCAGUGUCCGCUGUUCCUCUAGCUAGUAGCGUCCUUGUUCCUAGUAAGGCCAGGAGCCCCGUUCGUAGCGUCCGAUCGCUCCUAGUAGCGAUGCCGAUGCCCUUUCCUCCUAGUAGCUUCAUGUUCCUACUAAGAAGUGUUUGCCAAAGAGCUUGGGGGAAGGCCUUCUUGCAAACUUCUUGUGUUCCUCUGAAACUCGGAAACCCCUUUUGCAACACAGUUUGGCCGGAACAAGGACGCUACUCUGGCCUUAGAAACGAACGGAGCGAGAAAGGACGCGAACCGAACGGAACCAAAUUGGCAUCGCUACGAAGAGGACCGACUCCCAAGACUCCAACACGAAACGAGAGAUCGGGGGUGUAGACCACGAAACGUGUAGCUCGGCAGCUAGUAGCUUACUUAAGCUAGUAUGGGCGCAGGAUAGCGAAGCGUUUCUUCAAGCUCCCAAGGCGGUGGGGGAAGCUUCCUUGAAGAGGCGCUGGCACUAAUGAUUUGGUUCCUAGAUUUUGAGGGUUCCUAGAUUUUUUGCGAAGCUUAACUAAUAGUAGUUUAGCUUCAGGAGCAAGGACGCUACUAGUAGCUCCUGGAACAAGGGCAUCGAUACUAGUAACAAGGGCAUUACUAUAGUAGCAAAUAGCUACUUUGAAGUGGCAUCCCCAAUUUCUCGGUUUACAAUUCAGCACCAAAAGAGGUGGAAACCGGUUUUUUCCAGUUGCUCUGAGCAACAGAGGCCCCCAAAUUGAGAACCCAAGUGCUUCCUUUUCAUUGUCCCAGUGGCCCUUCGUUUUGACCUACGACCAUAAAGGGUUUCUAAGAUCGUUCGACUUUAUGCCCCUCCACGGGCAAAAUGGACAACGUCACCACUACGUUGUCGAUCUCUUGCAGAGUUUGUUUUUGUUUUUCCGGAUAAAAAGCGACUUAAAAAUUAAAACAAUCCGGUCUUCCGUCUGGAGGCCAUCGCUAGUAGGUUGGAGGCCAUCGCUAGUAGGGGUCUUCCGUCUUGUGCAUUUCUUGGUGGACUGGACAUGCCACUUGUCGCCCCGAUCUCAGCUGCCGCCGGGGAUUCAGCGGACACGGCAUCCGCCACUGCGCCGGUGGUGGUUUGGCUGCGGAACGAACUGCGGCUUUGCGACAACCCAUUGCUGCAACGGGGGCUCCAGCUGGCUAAAGGCAACCUGCAGCUAGUGGUGUGCUUAGAUCCCCGUGAGUUUCAGGCGACCACCGCCUUUGGAAGCCCCAAGGUCGGAGAGCUGCGAAAGCGCUUCGUAGAGGAGUGCCUGUGCGACCUCCGGCGGCGUGUGGCUGAAAGAGGCUCGAGGCUGUUGGUCCAGCAAAAGGCACCAGAAGAGGUGCUGCCAGCAUUGGUCUCGGAGGGCUCAACUGUACUGGUCACGGCGCAAGUCUGUUCGGAGGAGCGUGCGGUGGAGCGGCGGGUCCGGAAAGCCUUGGAGGCCAAGGGAGCUGCCUUGGAGGUUGUCCCUGCAGCAGGCAUCACAGACCUCGUGGGCCCGGAAGAAUUGCAACGCGCAGGGGUGCCGAGCGGCGAAGAGUUCCCGGUGAUCUUCCAGCGGUUCUUUUUGCCGUUGAGACCUUUCCUCUUGGAGAUUUGCCAAAAGGGCCUCUCCGACGCUCCGGUGAACCUGCCAAGCGCGAGCGGUGCGGAGUUGGAGGACGAGGAGCUACGGCUUACGGAUGCGGUGCCAGGCACAGACAUCCGAGGUGGAGAGACUGCGGGCUUGGAGCGCAUGACUGUCUGGCUGAACAGCGGCUUCCGGAGUUACAAAGAUACCUUCCGGAGCCUUCAAGGUGACUACUCAUCGAGGCUGGGAGCCCACUUGGCCUAUGGCUGUAUCUCACCUCGGCGCCUGGUGAAGGAGGCACUCUCACACGGCUCGGGCCAAUCCUCCGUCCAUGUGGAGCAUUUCGUCUAUGAGAUGUGCUGGCGAGACUUCUUCCGGCACACGGCCGCACGCUGGGGCACUGGGCUCUUCCAUGUGGCAGGCCCUGCCGAGUGCGGUGCUCACGGAAUGAGCAGUGAGAGCAGCUGGAAAAGGGACCUUGGUGCUGAGAGGAGAUGGAAGGAAGGCUCGACCGGUGUGCCAUUGGUGGACGCAGCGAUGCGAGAGUUGAACGAGACAGGCUACAUAGGGAACCUGGCAAGGCAGUUCGUGGCGGCUUUUCUCAUCGAAGACUUGCAGAUCGACUGGCGCGUGGGCGCGGACUGGUUCGAGGCGACGCUCGUGGAUUACGACGUGCACAGCAACUGGGGCCAAUGGGCUCGCUCUGCAGGCGUGGUCCCUACCAACGAGGCGAAGCGUAACCGAGUAGGUGGCACCCGCUACUACGACCUGGCCAUGCAACGCCCAGAGGUCAGUGACUACGUGAGGAAUUGGCUGCCCGAGUUGCAGGAUGUCGCAGACGAGGAGCUUUUCUCUCCCUGGACGAACAGCUGGCCCAUCGGGAAAGUGCUCAGUGCUACUUCGAAUGGGAGCUCGUACAGCAAGCCUUUGAUCUCGAUGCGGUUGAAGCAGUACUUCGAGUCGGUGAGUGGAGCCUCCAGGUUGUGCGGCUUGCCCAGCCCGCGACGAGCCAAGAAAGGCAAAGGCCAACGGAAAGGAGGCGGAGCUCCUCGAGCAACCGCGGCCCUGCGCUGGGCCACCAGCGAUUCGCGCUUUCAUGGGAGCUGAGGCCGUUUACCUUUUCGAGUGACAGAGAAGCUCUCGUUUGUGGUUUCAGAUCACCCAUACCGGGUUCACCCGGCUUGGCCAUUUGGCGAGUUUGGCACUGGGAGCUGAAGAACAGCUGCCCAGAGGAGAAUCAUCCAAGAUCGUUAGGAA